AUGAAUGAGGAAUAUGACCCAAUCCUUGAACCCACUUUCAUGGAGUCACAUGAAACCACGUUGGCUCAUGAUGUACCCAAUACUCCAAUCACGCUACCUUACUUGAUUACCCUAGAAUCAAGAUACUUCACUCGUCUUAUUCAAAUGGGAGAUUUCAUCUCCGAAAGAUUCACUGAGCUAGAUUCAAAACUCCAGACAUUACUUCAAAGAAUGGAUAGAAUUGAAACUACCAUUCAAAAUAUGGGAGGCCAAUUCUCCACCAUUCAAGAUCAAAAGUUGGACCUAAUUAUUCAACAAACACUGCCUCCCGUGCAGUGCAUAUUCUGUAAUCAGCUGACGAAGGAUGGGCACAGAACCAAUAGUUGCCAGAUCUACUCAACAACUAUCGAGCGUAUUCUUCGCUUGCAAGCAAUUAGCAAGUGCGUCCGAUGCCUCGCCGACAGUCAUGAGGAUGAUUGCAAAUCCUACUGCUUCAAGUGCAAGGCGACAGACCAUCACGGAACCUUGUGCAGUGUGAUGCCAAUAGCAAAGCGACGAAUGCAGCAAUAG